CCAUGGGGGUUCCUGGGAUAUGUUACUAACACUCCCGGGUUUCCAGCUGCGCAGUCGUGGCUCUCGGCCAUUCCACGGCGUGCCAGGAUCCCGACGCUCCCGGACAAUCCUCUCUCUGCUCUCGGGGGAGUGUCUGUGCCCGCAGCCGGGACAUCAGCAACCACUGGAGAUGCCACUGCUCAAUUAUACCUACUCCCACCCUUCCACAUUCAUCCUGAUGGGCAUCCCGGGGCUGGAAGCCACACACGUCUGGAUCUCCAUCCUCUUCUGCACUGUCUACAUCAUAACACUGCUGGGAAACUGCAUCAUCCUGCUCAUCGUCAAAACAGAGCCCAGCCUCCACCAGCCCAUGUUCUACUUGCUGUGCGUGCUGUCAGCCGUCGACCUGGGCCUCUCUACUGCUACAGUGCCUAGAAUGCUGGGCAUCUUCUGGUUCAACUUCAGAGAGAUCAGCUUUGGUGGCUGCAUCACCCAGAUGUUCUUCAUUCACACCUUCACGGGAAUGGAGUCGGCCGUUCUUCUGGCCAUGGCCUUUGACAGAUACGUGGCCAUCUGUGACCCUCUGAGAUACACUGUGAUCUUAGCAAAGAAGAGAAUUGCACUGAUAGGCCUGGUGACUAUACUGAAGCCAGGAGUCCUCAUUUUCCCCCUGGUGUUCCUGGUUGACCGUCUGCCUUUCUGUGGAGCCCGUGUCCUUGCCCAUGCCUACUGCGAGCACAUGGGAAUUGCAAAGCUGGCCUGUGCAGACAUUAAGGCCAAUGGAGAAUAUGACUUGUUUUUAGUUUACCUCUUAGUGAUAGAUUUGAUCAUGAUUUUCUUGUCCUAUGUCCGUAUACUACAGGCCAUCUUCUGGCUCCCAUCCAAGGACACAUGCCUCAAGGCUCUCAGCACCUGCGGCUCCCACAUGGCCGUGAUGUUCAUAUUCUACACCCCGGUGCUUUUCUCGUACCUCACACACAGGUUCGGCCAGCAGAUUCCCCGUUCUGCCCACAUUCUGGUUGCCAGUUUCCAUAUCCUCAUGCCCCCCAUGCUGAACCCAGUCAUUUACGGGGUGAGGGUGAAGGAGAUCCGUGAGAGGGUGCUGAGAAUAUUCCCCAGAGAAAGAGCUACUUACUCCUGUUUUUGAUGAUCAGUGCGACCUCUAAUAGAGCUUCCCAUGUCUUUCCUCCCCAGCGGAAGGGCAGCAAUUUUAGAUUUUGAUGUGGAGAAGGAAACGAUAACUGUGAUUCCAGGGGCUACUUAGACAUUUGAAAACUAUAUCGAAUUCCCCAAUAUAGGAAAUAAAUAAAUA